AUAAUUAGCACUCAUCUCAUUCUCUCUCUCUCUUCUGCUCGAGCUUCGCGUCCUUUGUCUCUUUCUCUCUCACACACUACAACAUCCCCUACGGCACGAAAUAUGAGAGAGAGAGGACAGUGGUUUCGCUUUUUCAUCUCUGCUUCAACAAGAAGAAGAAAAGCAGAAACAGAGAGAGACUCAGAAUGCGCUGAAUUUUACAAUCUCAGACAUCUCCACAUGUCCAAACCUCUUCUUCUCUCUUCUUAAUGCUGAGCUUACAUUUCAUUCUAUCUUCCUUCUUCCUUCUUCUUAAUGAAUGAGUGAAUGAAUGCCUUCUCCUUUCAGAAUCCAGACAGUAGUAACCUUCAUUUGCGACAGAAUCGAAUCCAAUCAUAUUCAUGGCGACACCACUGAAUUCGGAUUGGAGGCGUUCUUACUCUUGGUGGUGGGACAGUCACAUUAGCCCUAAGAACUCCAAAUGGCUUCAACACAAUCUCACCGAUAUGGAUGGAAAGAUCGAAUCAAUGAUCAAGCUUAUUGAAGAAGACGCUGAUUCCUUCGCCAGAAGAGCAGAAAUGUUCUACGAAAAACGACCAGAGCUCAUCAAACUGAUAGAGGAAUUCUACCGAGCAUAUCGCGCCUUAGCUGAAAGAUACGACCACGCAACAGGCGAGCUUCGCCAUGCUCAUAAAACUAUUGCACAAGCAUUUCCUGACCGAGUAUCAUCAUCAUCAUCGUCGUCCCUCGAUGAUGAAUUCGUAUUCGCAGAAACUGAAGUGGAGAAUCUAAAGAAAGCUCUUGCCGAAAUGCAAACUGAUAAGGAAUCUUUUCUUAUUAACUACCAGAAUAAGAUGAAACGUUCUUCCGACUUGGAUCGCGAAAUCACUUCUGCACAGAAGAAUUCGGCAUGGCUGGAUGAAUUGGCGGAGAGAGCAGAAACUGAAGCUCGGAAACUGAAGGAAGAACUUGUUAGGUUUGAGUCCGAAAGGGAUCACUGUCUCGAGAAGAUAACAUAUUUGGAAGAGAAGCUUUCGCUCGCUAUGGAAGAAUCGGGGAGGCUUAAGGAGAGUGCCGAAAGAGCUGAAAAUGAAGUUAGGAACUUGGAAAUGGCUCUCGACGAAUUAAACAGAGAGAAAGAUGACGCGGCCAUUCAAUAUAGGAAUUGCCUGGAGAAAAUUACAAAGCUAGAGGAUGAUCUGGUGAAGAAGAUCUCAAUGAAGGAUCGGGAGCUUUCAGAGAAUCGGGAGGAUUUGGAGCAAAAGAACUAUUCGUUACUGCUCGAGUGUCGAAAACACAUCGAGGCCUCGAAAUUGGCAGAGAAACUGAUCAAUGAUCUGGAGUGCGAAAAUCUGGAGCAACAAGUGGAAGGUGAAAUCCUGUUGGAAGAAAUAGACAAACUGAGGCUUGGUUUUCUCAAGGUUUUCAGGGCUCUGGAAGUUCAUCGUGUCCAAAAUGAGAUGGAAUUCUCGUUUCUUCCUGUUUUAGGGAGGAUCGAGGACUUGAAAUUCUCUCUUGUGAGUUACGAGGACAGAUGUCAGCUCCUUUCAGUGGAGAAUGCAGUUCUUCUGGCUUUACUAGGCCAACUGAAACUUGAUGAAAGGGAAGUUGUUGUUGUUGUUGAGGAGGAGGAGAAGGAAGCCCUAAAUCUUGAAAUUGCUGAAAAUGUUGUAAGAGAAGACAAUUUUGAGAUGUGGGAGGCUGAGGCGGCAACUUUUUAUUUUGAUUUCCAACUUCCAAACGUCCUCCGCGAAGUUCUUUUCGAGGGUAAGGUCCACGAACUAUCUGAAUCAUAUGAGGCUCUUGAAAAGGAAACAGCUUCCAAAACAAUGGAGAUGGAAAGGAUUAAAGAGAGAUUUGUUUUCAUGGAAAGUGAGAUUGGAGACUUGAAGGCUCAAUUAUCAGCUUAUGUCCCAGUUAUCGAUUCUCUGAGGAAUAAUAUAGAGUCGCUCGAGCAUAACAUCCUCAAGGAUGCCUAUUUUGAACUUCAUUCUAGCAGGGAUAAAAAUAGUCCAAAAGAUGGUGUAUCGGAGUUGCAAAGUUUGCAGUUCAGAGUGGAGUCAGUUACCCGCGUACUGCAAAAGUUUCCCAUGCGAUCAAUGAUCGGAAAUGAAAUGACGAAACCCGAAAUCCUAGAGUCGAGCAUCGACGAUCUGACAAAAGACAUUCCACUUGAUCAGGCAUCAGACGCUUCUAGUUCUUUACAUAGAGCAAACAACAGGAUAGCAGGGAGGAAUCACAAGGCAGAUGAUCAGAUGCUUGCUUUGUGGGAAACCACAGCUGAAGACUGCAGCUUUAUUCACACAUAUGCUUCUUCUUCUGUUCCUUGGGAUUUAAAAGCCCAGAUCACAGAGACAUUGGCUAUAGAUGCUGAAAAGUUGACCAAACUCAAGACAACAAUGAUGGAACUGAGAAACAAGAUGGAGAAACUCAAGAAAAAGAAAAAGAACUCGAUUAACUUUGAAAUCGUGAAGGAACAGUUCCAGGAAGUUGACGAAGCAAUUGUCCAGUUUACUUGUUUGAAUAGUCAGCUGAAGAGAAAUAUCAAAGAGAUCAUCCCGUCAAGAUCUCAAACAGGAACUAAACGGGUCUAUGAGCUCGCACGCAAUGGAUCAGAAGGUAUUAUGCGGUUAGAGCUGGAAGUUCAGAAAAUCCAAUUUGUUCUUCUGAAGAAGCACAAUGAGGAGAAGAGAAGCAGAGACGCCAUAAGACUAAAGAAGAAGCCCUGCCUAUGUGGAUGCUUUAAUCCUUCAAGUCCUAAUGCAAGUCCCCUAACAGAACUAGCCUGUGAUGAACACAUAGUAUCUGGGGCGGUUGAAUGGCUCUAGCCUAGGAGAUGGGUUAUUUUUAGUUAUCCUUAUUAUAGACAGACAUAGUUUAUCAACUCAAAUGUUUACUCUAAAUAAUUAGUUUCAAAAACAGAAGUUAAUAGAAGUUAGUGGAACAGUUACAGAGA